GCGUGUGUCAUAUGAACCCAGUUGGAGAGAAAAGCGCACCAGAGUCGAGCACCUUAUGGGUCCAAUCUCAGCGGGUUUAUUCACUGACUGGACUGAGCUUCUGGACUGAGUUACCUGGAGAGUUUCUUUUUUUUUCCUCCUAGAAGUUAACGCAAAAAGACGCGCAGCAGCACCAGCGAUGACAGCCGAGAUUAUUCCACUUGGAAGUGAGUGAGACCUCGCUGCGUCGCGUCUGAUCCCAUUUACCUUUUCUGUGAGGAUGCAAAGGAGAUACAGGAUGAAGUCCGCGUUCAUAGCGGUGUUACUUGGAGUGGUCGCGGCACUGGCCAAUAAGGAGGUUUGUUCCUCGGGCCAGUACACAACCAGUGGAGAGUGCUGCGUGCAGUGCCAGCCCGGCGAGGGCGUCGUCAAACUAUGUGGAGUCACACAGACCGUCUGCGCCCCCUGCCUUGACAGUGAAACCUUCUCAGAAAACUUAAGUCACACAGAGAAAUGUCAGCCCUGCUCAAUAUGCACAGGUCUGCACCGCAUGAAGGCGCCCUGCACAGACUCCAACGACGCCACCUGUGUGUGCAACUACAGCUACUAUAUGAACGAACUCUCUCAGCGAUGUCAACCCUGCACCAAAUGUCCUGAAGGCCGUGGCAUGCUGUACAGCUGUGAGUUUGACCACGACACAGUGUGUGAGGAUUGCAACGGGGACACCUACUCGGACCAGGAGAGCUCUCGGGAGCCCUGCAUCCCCUGCACCACCUGUGAUGAUGGGGAAAUGCUACAGCCCUGCACCUCUUUCGUUGAUACAGUUUGUCAAGCUCCCACAGAUUCACCACCUCCCACGCCCUUUACGAGUAACUCCACGCCCACCGAUGACAUCUAUCUACAGAGCAUCCCACCAGACCCUACUGACACCACCACCACCACCACCACCACUAAUGGUGAUUCCAAGGAGCUGAUCUACCAUCUGAACGACAAACUCAUCCCCAUCUACUGCUCCAUCCUGGCAGCUGUUGUAGUCGGCCUGGUGGCCUUCAUCAUCUUCAAGAAGUGGAACAGCUGUAAGCAGAACAAGCAAGGAGCCAACAACUGCACAGCCAAUCAGAACCAGACACCGUCCCCUGAGGGAGAAAAGCUGCACAGCGACAGUGGCAUUUCUGUUGACACCCAAAGUCUGCAGGAGCAACAGCAGGGCCAGACUCAGGCACAGACAGUUGUCACCAUGGAUGAAGAGCCGUGUUUGCUCCUUCCUCUCCACACCAGAGAGAAAGUGGAGAAGCUGCUGUUCAGGGGCAACGAAGGAGACGACUGCAACCACAUGGAGGACAGCGACUGGUACAACCUGGCGGGCCUGCUGGGAUACGAGGAGGAGCGAAUCGCCACCUUCCAGCAGGAAGAACACCCCGUCCGUGCGCUCCUGUCCGACUGGGCGAGCAAGGACUGCGCCAGCCUCGACACGCUGUGCACGGCGCUGCGCAAGAUCAACCGCGACGACAUCGCCCAGAGUCUGGUGCUGAGCCCGACUGCUACGAAGCCCACCGCCACUUCUGUAGUGUGAUUUUAAGCUUAACAGCGAGCAAACCGCCUUAAACUUAAUAUUCUUCCAUGGCCUCCCUCACGCCACAUACAUUCAUGCUAGAACCGCUUUAAGCUAUUCCCUCUUGAAGCCAGCAGUCACUACGAGUCCUGAAGAAUCAUUUCAUGUUUAACCAAGGGAUGAGAUGGGGAGAUGCCAGAAAUUAGAAAACUGAAUGAAUAUCAAUGCACCUAAUCAAGCCAAAACCUUUCACCUAACCAUCAGGAUGUGCUUAUAAUCAUUCAUUCUCACAUGUUAAAAUCCACACAAUGUAAAGCCUAUGUGGAAGGAAAUUGUCUAUAAUCAUUCCAUUGUUGAGCCUGGAUAUCUACCCGUCUUUCUACACUACUUGACAUCCAGCUCUGACUUUAUUAACCAUAGAGCAGCAAUGAACUGAAUCCAUUUCAUUCCUACAACUUGAUCCUCUGCAUCUUUAUUCUUAAACAUUUACAGUCAGUUCGUCCCUUACUUAUAGCGUCCAUAAGCCAGUGUUGUAUCUUUAAAUGUUACAAAUCUAUGCUACCAAAGAGGAGGAAACGUCUUGAGACCAUACCUGACAAGCGUCAUUAUUUACAUGCCAUAUUUUUUAAUUUAAGUUGUCAAAUGGCUGGUGUCUGUUGCUACUGCGCAACAUGGCCUGCAUACCACAGAGUAUCUGGAUCUUAGCAAAUGUGACAACCCGAGGAAGGAUGCUUGGACGCUUUUCAAAUGAACCUGUUCUCCUUCAGCAAAAAACAAAAGUCCAGCUAUUUACUCUUAUUUUAAAUGUGUGUAUUUACGACAUUGAGCUGCAGCACACAUGGAAUUAAUCUCAACUACUGCAGACUCUUACUUUUUCCGACAAGUGCUAUAAGGACUGCUGGCUGGACUUUGCCAACUCGGUGGUCUGUGGGGCGGGUUGUUGACCGAGGCAACAUGAGACACUAUUCUAUGUGCUCAGGCCUAUCUGCAUAACACAGGAGCUCCCACACAGACUCCUUCAUACUGACCCAGAAAAGGGACCGACGUGGAAUGCAAAACUAUGUAUACUGUAUGUGCAUAGGUAGACAAGUGAACACACCAUACACAUACUGUACAUACAUACAUACAUACACACACAGACGUAACCAUGCAUGUACUACACAAACAAACACACACAUCAUGUAUACAUUUACAUUGUUAUUCAUUGUAGACACAGAAAACUUCAGAUCCUGCCAUAUACUGUAUGGAACACUCUCAUGAGGGGACCAUAUAUUGUUUAAUCUCAUUAUUAGUAGCCAAUAUAAGGUGUGUCUUUAAAAAAAGUAUGUCUACAUAAUUUGCAAUGUGUGCUAUAGAUGGUGAAAUGCUACCUUAACAGUAAACAGCAUGCAGAAACUAGCAACUCAUUGUCAGCCAGUGCACAAAUUCCAAGAAAAACACAAAAUAAUCAGGAUGCAAAACAAAAAUCCAGGGUUUUCUAUCUUUUUCGCUUAAUUUCUCAGGGUAUCUAGAAUGAUUGUGUUACUGCAUCAAUAUUACACUUAUUAUUGCACCCUCUAUAGCGACUGACAAUCCUUCAAACAGGUGAAUAAGUGAGGGAAACGGGCCAGAGAAAAAAGGGUGUCUUGUUUCCUCAUUGUUUGCAACAAUGACCUCUGUAUAAAAGGCAACUCAGUGGAGACAUAAGUCAAAGGAUGUGGGAUGAUCAGACCGAGGGAAAGCGGAAAAGUUUUGGAUUACUUAAAUGUAAAGGUGAAACCCAGGAUUCAGCAUUAAUCAGCUUGUAUAAGCAUGCAUUCCUCUCCUCAUGGCAGUAUGUGCUUUUUACGUUGUGUUGUGUUGCACCUAUUUGCUUUGAAUUUGUGAAAGCAUACUUCAAAAAUGUUGAUAUUAUUAUGCUGCCAACUGAGGACCACUAGCGUCUAUUUGUUCUCUUUAUUUUGGGAGGAAAUAUUUGAAGGAGCAAAUAGUUUAAUGUGCUAAACUUACCUAUACCAUCAACUUCAUCUGUUACUUUCAGGGACAGAUUGUACAUUGUUACUAACCACUAGCAUACUGAGCUUCAUGCUGUAGUGUUACUUUAAAUGAAGGUAUUCUCCCUCUACUCUCUAAGGGUUGUUGUAUUUUAAUUCCCAAAUAACAACUGUAAAUGGUAUUAUGUUUCUCUUAUUGUCCUAGAUUCUAGUACUUCAAUGUGAAUUGUCUGUUUUUGCAUCACAAGUGCCUGGGAACUAUUUCAGGUGUCCGCUGAUGUUGUAAAUUUGUUGUUUUUAGCUGUUUUUGUAAGUAUAUUUUCUUUAGUUGUCGUUUUUUAACUUGUAAAUAAGUUGUCUUUUUCUAGUUUUUUUUAUUUUAGUUAAAGCCAAGAAGGCUCUACUGUACAAUAUCUAUGUGAAUGGGACGUUGUUAUGAUAUCAAUGCUGUCCCAGUUUAAAAGGGUAAGAAGGGCAAAAGGAAGGUAGCUGCCUUUGUGAGGUACUUUUAACAAAUUAUUCACCAUCAGCUGUAUUAAUGCAGAGUGUCAUUAAGACUGGACAUGAUGAGGGGACACAAAUUUAAAAUGUCUUUCAGGCUAAUCAGAACCAGAAAGGCUUUAAUUAUCCACCUGCCACCAAACUCAACUUUAGAACAACCAUACUAUACUCAACUAUACAAUCACAGUGUAUUAUAAUACUAAACAUAAUUUUGCAGUAUGACAUUUUGGGAAAAACGCUUACUAGCUUUCUUGCCAAGAGUUAAAUGACAAGAGUAAUACCAUUCUCUUAUGUAUACGUUCAGUACAAAGUUACAGCCAGUUAGCUUAGCUUAGCAUAAAGCCUGGAAACGGGGGGAAACAUCUAGCUCUGUACAAAGGUAACAAAAUCCAGCCCGGUCGCACGGAAAGGCGUGUGAAUGACACAAUAAUGCGCAAGGCAAAAGCAUGUAGUAAGAACACCAUUGUUACUAUAGGCGUGUCAUUUUCACGCCAUGUAGUCUGCAUGUGGAAUAAAAGGGGAGAACGACUGCUUGUGGCGGGCAGGAGGGAAGGUGGAUGGGUUCAACAAACACAGGACUCACGUCACGUGUUUUGUAGUGACGUUUGUGAUGUGAUUUUGCAUACUAAUGUAAUGUUAUGUUGUUUCCGUAUGUAUUUUGAGCCCAACCAUGACGGUUUUCCUAAACCUAAUUGAAUGGUUUUGGUGCCCCCCUGUUGGUACUGCACCUUCAUAAACACGUGUAAUAUUCACGCCUUGGCGAGGCAAAAUGUGACACUUACAAGAGCCAUACAUUGGACUCCGCGGGUCCACAUGCUACCCUCUGGUGGACAGAUGGGUCUUUUACACGCUUUGCCUUGAUAUUGGGUUACAAAAUCUGCAUACCAGCACCUCUAAAGCUAGCUAGUUAGCAUGUUAUGUCUCAUUUGUUUAAUCCGUAAGUGUAAGAACAAGUAGCUCUGUCCAAUAGCAUAAAUAGUCCAUUGCUGGUAGAUUAUGUUUCCUUUGUACAGAGCCAGACUAGCUGUAUUCCCCUGCUUCCAGUCUUUAUAGUCAGCUAAGCUAUUUGGCUGGUGGCCGUAGACAUAUAUUUAUCAGACAGACAGACUAAUUGAAAAGUUACACUUAAUUAAAUCUGACUCUGGUAAAUUAGCAGUUAUCAGGAUUGAGGAAACUUGAUGGAUGUGUUCAAUAUUAGCCAUUAGCCAACCACUGAAUGACCUUCCCUGAAAGCCCUUUGUUCAUUGUACUAUAACUUAGCCAUCACUAUCGUCAGAGUUGUGAACUGUGAUUGAAGAUGGAGGCUUUUUCCUCGGACAGUAUUUGUUUAGUUUGAUAGAUAUGAGAGAUUUAAUUGAGUAACAGUGACCAGACAUUGACUUGUGUGUACAGUAAACCCAACUGAAGGUGAACAUGUCAUGAUAUUGCACUUGAGAGUAACAAAGGGUGGAUGCGGGGGGAAUUAAAAAACUGUUUUAGGAGGAUAAGGUUUUUAAAAAAGCCCUGGUAACUCAUGGUGACAAGACCGACAGUGCACCAGGACUGAAUUGUACAGAUCUGAGAAAUACUGAAUGUUCCUUGUAUACUAAUACUGUACUAUACUUAAUGUGAAUUCCGCAAAAUUCCUACAUCAGACAAGCAGUAACCAAUAAUAAAGCUCUUAAAUCCAC